CUUUCGCUUUUUAGAUGUCUCGGUUUUUAGUGAAUAGAUCUAGACAUCUACUAUCUAGACCUAGACCCUAAUAGAUCUAAACUCUAGAUUCAAGAUAUUUGUAUUCGAUAUCAAGAAUAUAGAUCCAGAUUUAUUGCAUCAAGAUGUGCAGACCUUUGUCGUUCAUUUUAUUAUAUUUUUUAAUACAGGCACUUGUACCUAAAGAAACUUUAUCCAAGAAAAAGGGGUUAUCAUCAUCAGACUUUACCUCUCAAGAAAAAGCCACUCUGGAACGGCAUGCCAAGUGCCCCGUCGAUGGUGUUAAAAAUAGUGCUGUUUACAAUCAAUGGCAUCAAGAUAAGAUUUCAGAUGCUACUUUACUUUGUUUAAUGAUCUACCUGGAGAAAAAUGCUGAUGAUGCUUGGGCAUGGUCUAUGUCUGGAAUGACCUUUGACCUGAGGAAACAGAAACAACAAGGAGAUUAUUGUUUUAAGCAGUCAAUAAAACUUGUCGGGAAGCACAGUGACUUCGUUAAAGAGUGGCAUUUCAUUGGGCCAUUUGGAAUUGGUAAAACAGAAUUUGAUGGCGAUCCUCUUGCUGCAUUUGGAGGCAUUCAAAAUGCAUCAAGGUUUAGAUUUUCAUCUCAUGCUUCAACAAAAUAUAACUCUGAAUUAGUUUUCGGGGGUGAAAUUACCUGGAGCAUGAUCAAACAAAAUGAGGCCAAUGAAAUGGUACAAGUCAGGCCAAAAGUGAAUUGGAAUGACCUUGUGAGUUCCUUGGGUUCCAUGGGUAUAACUGAAUGGCAGGGCUGGGUUGUAGGUAACAUAUUUGUAAAUGAAGAUAACACAUUGCUAAGCUACCAAUGUCUGGGUGUAGCUAGGUGUUUCAUUGAAAAAAAACCUAUAGCUGGUGACCUUUAUCAUAGGAAUCAGUUUUGGUUUCCUGUUACAUUGUCACGGGGUGUCCACUCUAUUUUUAUCCCUCUGCGAUCUAAGGUAAAUGCAAAUUUCCAGUUCUCUUUGAUGAAGUCAGCAAGUUUUAACAUUUUGAAGCCACCAUUUCUCCCUGAUGUGCAGAAAAGUUAUCUCCCAUCUAAUUUUUUCAUCCCUCUUCCUGUCUCAAACUUAAUGGCUAAGAAUUGGCUGAAAAUAAUAAAUGUCAAAGUUCAAAAGCAAGCCAAAGGUGAAACAUUGGUUGCCAGCUUGGCUCAUACUUACAAUACAAUAGCUCCUGGACAAACUAAAGUGGUUGUGAUAAGCUUAGAGCUGAAAGACAGGACACAUGGAGCUCAGUUAACUCCAACAUGCACUGACAUAGACCUAGAGCUGAAGGUACAAACAUCAGAAGGAUCAGAAAAUGUUGCACUUGUGCUGCGCUGUCGUAACAAAGGGAGCUCAUUUCUCUUUACUUUCUUAGACCAUGAUGGUUCUGUUCAGCAUGCUGCGGCAGUGGAGCCUAUUGGACUUUGUCCAGAUAAGAUCUGUCCUGUUUUUCUGACUCUUCAUGGCACAACAGUACCACCUCAGAAUCAGGCAGACAGCUAUAAGAAAAUGGUUCGAGGAGAAUUUGAAUUUGGUAUUUUAAAAAUGUGGCUGCUGGCUCCAACAAGACAUGGUGCCCACAAUUGGGAGGGUCCAGGUGCAUUGACAGCAUUGGCAGCUAUACAAGCUCUUCAUCAGAUGUCACAAGGCUCCAGCUGGCUAGAAAUGAAGACUGAUCCAAAUAAAGUUUUAUUUGCUGGUCAUUCAAUGGGAGGUCAUGGAGCAUGGCAUCUAGCCACGCAUUUCCCAGACAGAGCAACUGGCCUAAUCUCAUUGGCUGGCUGGAUUAAAAAGGAAGAGUAUGGAGACAGUAACUUAUUUUUUAGGCAUGAUAUAUCAACAAGUCACACUGAUCCUGCAGUUAAAUCUGUCAUGGAGUCGUGUGUUGGAGAAAAUGAUGUGGAUAAGCAUCUGGGUAAUCUUAAGGGUAUCCCAGUGUUGGCUAGAAUUGGUGCUAACGACCGCACUGUUCAUCCUUACUUUGUCAGGCGUGCCGUCAGACUGCUUAAAGAAUCUGAAGUGGAUGUCACUUACACAGAGUUACCAAACUUGGAGCACUGGUGGUGGGACACAAAAGAAACCAACGAUGGGGGAUGUGUCAAUGAUGCUCAGAUUAGGAAGUUCAUCAGCAAAAUUUCUGAGUCUCUGAUCCCCAAAGAGUUUUGUUCCAAGGGAGAUGAUGCACCCUGCUCUGCUGCAAGUGAGGAGAGUAGUAAGCAGCUGUUUAGGCUAGUCACUGUCAACCCUGCCUUUGGAGAUGGUUUGAAGGGUCUGUCAGUGCUGCAGCAAAUAAUUCCAUUCAGAACUAGUGUCAUCAAGAUCAAUGUGACUUCAGAUGUACUGACACUGACAACCCAAAAUGUUGAAUGUUUGCAACUGAAGAAAGAUGUGAGCAAUAGAGGACUAAACCUACAAAGUAUCAAACAUUUUAAUAUAGAUGGUACAAGUCUGGAGUUUAGUGCCCUGGAUUUCCCACAGAUUUAUUGUCUUCUGGGAGAAUCUAAUCAAUGGGCCCUUAUACAAGACUGGAAGACUCGAACACAGAAUGGAUUAAUUCGAGGUCCUCAUAAUUAUGGGCCUGCCAGAAGAAUAGCUGAGCGUCAAUUUCUUAUAUGUGUUGGCACUCAGUUAGACGACACUAGAUCUGAAGUUUUACUGAGACAUGCAGCUUACAUUGCCAAUCAGUUCUUUCUGAUUUCUGAUGCUGUGGUCUCAGUUUUGGAGGAUUAUGAAGUGGAUAAGAUGAUAUUAGAUGACUACAACCUAAUAAUUUUAGGCAAUCCAAAUGAAAACCUACUGACAGAAAAAUACUUGAGUUAUCUCAGGGACUUGAACUAUCUACCUGGCAAUGAAUCCACCGCUGCAAGUCUACUUCUGGGACGCAGAUGCCGAUAUCAAUCUUCUGGUGUAGGGCUAAUGACAUUGGCACCUCAUGGUCAGGGUCUGGCUAUGAUACUAAUGGGCCUCUCAGAGGAAGGACUUGAAGAUGUUGUUAACUUGGCGACACCUACAAUACCACCCAUGGCUAGAUCUCCAUUCUCCAAUUUGCUGCCUGAUUUUGUCAUAACAGGACCAGAAGUGAAGCAUAAAGGUCCUGGUGGAUUUCAUUGUGCUGGAUUUUGGGAUAACCAAUGGAAAUUGUCAGCCAGCUCUGUAUCCUGUACUUGUUAAUUAGCAGUGAAAUUAGGACCAAAAAAACAAGUUCAAACUAGAUUCUAAAUAGCAUAUAUUUACUGUCCUAUCUGCCAACACUUGAGGAAGUGAAUUUGUUUUUUUAACUGAAAUAAAUACACAAUAAUAGCUUUAAAUUUGAUUUAAAAAAUUAAAAGCAAACAACCAAUUAGUAUAUGAAAACCUUGGGAAAAUGCAAUAUAUUUUGUUAUAUUAACUUCUGUGCUAGCAUUUAUUAAAUGCAGAUCUCAUUUAAUUAAGGCAACUAAAAAACAUUUUUUUAUAUGUAUAGGACUGAGUAUUUCCAUUCAUUUUGCUUAUAUUCCAUGUAAAUAUUAUUUCUAACAGCACUUUUGUUUGUUAUUGUUUUUGUUGGUUUAUAAAAUUUGUUUAAAGUUGGUUUGGGAAUAAAAAGUUUUGUCAAUUUAUUUUUAUGGUUUCGGGUUGUCAAUUUUGGUCUUUGUUCUUUUUCUAACUGACCUCAUUCUAUUGAUCUUAGGAUUUCAAGGGCUUAUUUAAGCCUUUACGUUUUAAAAGUACCCCAUCAGACCUUGCAAGAUAUAGGGCAGAUGUUGUAAAGGUCAUCUGUUUUAUGAUCAGCAUUUAACAAGAGCAUCAUGUGACCAGCACAACAAUCAACUGCCUUAACUUUUACCAACUAAUGUCUGGAACCCAUUUGAGUUGUGUGGACUGAGGGACAUGCCAAAAUCCAAAUUCACAGAGAUUCGAGGUCUAGUGCCUUUUUAUAGAAAUAAACCAAAUGCAUCAGAAUGAUGCAGUUGUAAAACUCCUAUAUGCAACUGUCUUUACACUUUUCUUCAAGUCUAACAGAUGUGUACAAUGGUUGUGUACUAUUAUGGCUAGCAUAGGUCUAUGUGACUAAGCAACAUUUUAUCAUGACAAAAUAUUCUGUAGUUUGGAGAAAUCCUUUUAUUUUUUUUUCUCUACUUUAAUGUCUGAUGCCAUUAUGAGUUCUUUUUUUUUUAAUUGAUCAUGUUGAUAGACUCUUUUAAUCUAUAAGAUGUAACUGUUGUUUUUUUAAAUAAUUACUAAUACCUUAAAUAAAUGUCAACAAAUGCAAGUAUGACUUAUCCCUAAUAUCUAACAAAGUUAUUUUUACAUAUAUGAUACAAGUUUCUAUAUGUAGGCUGAUUGUUAUUAUGUGGACUUACAUUCACAGUGUGAACUAAUGAAUGUACUUACUGAACAGUGUCAUAAUUUUAAGUUUGUUUUUUUUUUAAUUCGUUUUGUUGCACUGAAUUUCAUGGACUUCAAAAGAUUGCACUGAGAAAAAUUGUCUUGUUACUAUCAACUAAUUACUUGUGUUAAUAGUGUGAUUCAACCAAUGUAAGAUAAUGUAGAUGUCAUCUAGAGCUACAUAAGCAGCUACAUAAGCAGCCUGAAUGCUAUAUUAGCAUUUGAAGGAUGAUUGUGACACUAUGUUCAAUUUGAAAGACACAGUAAUAUAAUUAUUUCAGGUAUCCAAUAGCACAGUUUAAACUUUGUCAAUGCAUUUAUUGACCUUUGAUUAUUUGCUCAUUCUCCACUAGAUGAAGACAAAACGAAAAAAAAACAAAACUAUUUUACUUAUUCAGUUACAUGGAAAUUGCCUGAUUUUUAGCCAAAAACAUUUUUAAUUUAUAUAUAACUAGAUCACAGAUUUGGUUGUAUUAUUUUUUGUUUUAAUUUUUGCAGUUUCAAUGCAUUUAUUAUAAUG